GCGGCGCGAGAUGGAGAUCUCCGCUGUGUGUGAGUGCCUAUUGCCGGUGAGUGCAGGAACACCUAUCAGUGAUCUUUAAGUGAGGUGAACGAGAGAGAGGGAGCAGCAGAGAGAGAAAGGAAGGGGAAAAGCACAGUGGACCUUACGGGUUUGGAACCUGUUAUUUUUUUUCUUUCUCACUGCUGUCUGAACAUUUGCCUGCCUACUAUUCCAGCUGUCACUGCAGUGGCUGCCUCUCUGGCCCCCUCUCUGUUCGGACAGAGCUCUCUAAAUGCCACUACGUGAUUAUGAUAUAUAAUAAAUGGAUAUGCAUUUGGCUCAGUGGGAGAUCUCUGCUUGGUUGUCCUUUGCGCCACUGAUUUGUUUCUCAAGAAACCAUGGUGAGCAAGGAGAGCAGCAGGGUUGUGCUCUCCAACUCCGAGUCCGAUUCCGAGACAGGCCCGUCACCUAGCCUGGAGGCGCCGUGCGGUCCGGACGGAAAACAGCAGGUGAAGAAGAGGAACAAAGCCUUACAGGUCCGCUUCAAGGACAUCUGUGACGCCCAGAACGAGCAGCGAGCCGGGCUGCCAGGAGCCAAGUCGAUUUCCUGCAAGGUGGCAUACAGGAAAUACAUGACGAUGCCUGCGCGGCGCUCCAUCCCCAAUGUGACCAAGAGCACGGGAGUCCAGACAUCCCCGGAACAUAAGAAACACUACCAGACUUUCCCUUUCGAGCGAAAGAAAGGGCACACGAUCAAACAUGCUGCCUUGGUGGAGGACUACAGAGGCCAAAACAAUGGUUUUUUGACGGACUCGAGGGGUCAGGAGGAGGCGGUUUUGGAAGGGAGCGCGUCCUCUCAGGGCGUGGGGGAUAAUGUGCAGCACACACAGGCACUGCUUCACCACACGGACGGUGGCGCGGACAAUCUGUUAUUCAGUGCCAACUGUGUAGACGGGCGGGAGCACACAGACUCCCCUCUCCUCAAGAAAGAAACGGAGUGCUUUGCAAAAGAAACAAGUCCCAGAAGGGAGCCGGAAUACCAGGAGGGCGGUGCUAGGACCAAACACAAAGGGUUAUCCAAAGCGGACGUGACGGGUGCCAACCCUUCCACCAAGCGCCAGCUGGCCAACUACGUGGAAACCGUACAGGAUACAAAGUCAAAGGUCACUAGUCCGGUUGCCUGGAAUUCCCUGACGCAAGUGGAGGGUCUAGGCCCAGAGAGUCCGUCGGUGCAGUCUAAACGCAAGAAGGUCACGCAGGCCAAUGGCCCGCAGUCCCAGACACUGCCCCACCCCCACAGUGCUGGCUGCUCUGUGGCCAAGGUUAAGGUACAUCAAUGCCAAUCUGGGACUUUACCAAUCUCAAAGAAACCCCAAGCGGUUCUGGAGGACCAGGCUAGCCCCCGAGGCCAGCAGGGUGCCUGCCAGCAGAUAGUUCCCUUACCUGGAAAUGGGGAUAUUAAAGAAAAGCUCCAGGCAAUGGAAAACCUAAUCAGCUCCAGUCAGGAGACCAUCAAGGUCUUACUGGGGGUCAUUCAGGAGCUGGAGAAAGGCGAGGCCCAGAGAGAAGGGCUUUCCUACCGAACGGGACAAGACACAGCAAACUGUGACACAUGUCGAAACAGUGCCUGUAUCAUUUAUAGUGUGGAGCUGGACUUCAAGCAGCAGGAGGACAAGAUACAGCACCUGAUUAGGAGACUGUGCCCCAUGGAUGAUCCACAAUUCCCUGCUCUGCCUUACCCCCAUGAAGUGUUCACCUCUACCCCCAAGCGGAAAUCUGAGACAGAGUCCAAAAAGCAUGGUCGCUGGAAACUCUGGUUUUUGUAACAUAGGAAGCACUUUAGCUUUUGAAAUACCUUUUGGAUCUGCAUUUACCCAUAUACUAUAUUCCUUAAAACGGAAAUAUCACAAAAGAAGACUUUCCGCCCAUGGGGACAGAUAAGCAGACACCAGUACAUGCAAGUCUGGAUUCUGAUUGGAACUACGUAGGAAAUGAAUGGGGGAUAACUAACAAUAUUUGAUUAUGAAGGUUUAGUUUGCUAAGGCUUCAGUUUCGGGUUCAAACACCGGAGAAGAUCAACAUAUACACUGGCUAAAGGUUAGCAGAACAACAAGGUGAGACUUGAGAUUUUUCAUCUUGAGAUGUAGCCUACAAUAUGAAGAUGGGUGCUGUUUAUUUACUGGGCAAAUGUUUCUUUCAUUUUUUAUACAUUUCCAGUGGCACAUAUUUUUGGUCUCUUUCCCCAGAGACCUCUGCUUGAGUAGAAGAGGGAUCACAUGUUGAAGGCCUGUUUCUCAACAAAGCUACGUGAAUUAUUCUGUACAUCAGCCAGUUGACAAAGCACAAACAUUUGGAGACUGAGAUCAUGGAAGAAGUACAUUACAGUACAUUACUGAACCCAAUGCUACAUAAACUCAAUCCUUCUUGCCCAUACGCUGACUCUUUGUCACAGCACACAGAGGAGCACUUCAGAAGGAUGUAAAAUUAAUUUGAAUGAUUGAGAUCUUGAAUCCUAGACUGCUGUUCUUAUCCAUGCAGGAAUCUGGUUUGAGGUUUUACUAUUGAGUAUAGAAAAAAUAUAUAUGAUUAUUUGAACAUAUUAAAGGUUAAUUGAUAUGUUCUAUUAUUGUGUUAUUCAGUCUGCAUUCUCUACAGUAUAUACAAAUACAUUAAAAGCUUUUAAUUACAUUUCAGUUGAAAAAUAAAAAGCAUAGUUUUUACAUAAUAAUUCACACCAUGAAGUUAUUGUCUUUCACUUGUACAUGGGGUAACAUCUUACCAACUUAUUCUCACCUACAGUAAAGAAUUGAUCCGCAAAAGUAAUGAAAUACAUUCUUCUUUUGAUCAUAAUUACAGUUAUUGACCAUAUUGAUCUUCACAUAUGGCUAUAAUUCUACAACAACAUUUUUAUUGACAUUGAUCUGCCCCAAACACCUAUGAGUACCGUCUCUUAUACGAUUUGAUUAGGGGUAAAACAGCUCACCACCCAGGGCACACAAUCUACACAAGGGCUAUGUACAUGAAACAUUAGCAUGUAGGGUAUUCAGUCUUUAUAUUUCUAGACUGUUGAUCAAUAGUCAAUGACUGUAGUUGAUAUAGCCACUGUAACCAUCCACUAACUGCACCCAAAUGUUUAUGGAUAAUGAUUUAAAUCUCACAAGUCAAUUAAUCCAGUAAAAGUUUUUUUUUUUUUUUUUUACGUAUUCAUUAUAAAAAUGUCACACCCAGAUUGUUAUUCAGUUGCACAUCUGUUCGUUAUUUUGCAGUAGCAUACUGUAAUAUGGACACCUACUUACAAUUUAAGGAAGUGCAAUUCAAUAUGUGAUUAUGCAUUUUGUACUGUUUUUACCUCACAACAACGCAUUUCCAAUAAAACCUAUAUCAAUAUUA